AUGACAUCUUCUCUAGAACAACAACGCCCUGUUUGGCCACAGCAUCAUCAACAGCAUCAGCCAGCGCAACAGCAAUUGACCCACAGUCAAAGUGAUGUUUCUCUGCCUGUCAACUCAUUAUCUUCAUUAUCACCUCAUCAGGAUCAAUUAAUGCCUGCAACUCCCAUGAAUACAGACACUUCGACAUCCAACACUGGGAGUGACCCCUCGAAAGGUACUCAACACACAUCACAAUCGGAACAGCAACAGCAGGCGCCUGUUCGUAAAAGAACAAGAGCUACUGCUGAUCAGCUUUCUGUUCUUGAAGAUACUUUCGCUGUUAAUGUGAGCCCAAAUUCAAAGCUCCGUAAACAACUUGCGGAACAACUCAACAUGAGUGAGAGAUCCAUUCAAAUCUGGUUUCAAAAUAGACGAGCCAAAGUCAAGCACAUGCAAAAGCGAGCUCAAAUGCAAAUGCAUCAAGCAACGCUGCGUGCUCAAUUAUAUCAUCAUCAGCAGCAGCAGCAAUAUAGCAACUACUAUACCAAUGAGUAUUAUCAUUCAUAUCCACCACCCCAUCAUUUUCCACCCUUUCAUCAACAACAUCAUUAUCUGUAUCCUUAUCAGUACCAGCAUGGGCGUAAUGUGACAGUACCUCAUCAACAGCCAAUAGCGUCUAAUACUAUACCUGUAUCCAGAGCUCAAAGUGUAGAUGUUAUAGCUCAUAAGCAUCCGCACCAACAACGUCCCUACCACCCACCCAUAUAUCCCCAUCCUACGUCAGGGCCUCAUUCUAUAAAUGCUACUUCAACAUCACACCUUCCUUCUCAACAGCUUAUUGCACCUGCUAUGUUUGUACAUCAGCGGUCACAACAGCUUGCAUGGCAAAGUAAUCCUGUCUCGAACAUAUCUUUGACUAGGCAAAGCAUGCCUCCACAAAUAUACGAUAUUGCCAUGAAUUUAGAUUUUCCUGAUUAUAUUGGCACACCUACUCCACCACCAAGGACGCAUUCUGUCACUUCUGCUCCUAUCAUUACUAAUGAUCCCAAUAUACCCACUCUAAUUUCUGUUCCAGAUGCUGGACCUACUGCUAUGCUCACUUCGACAUUGAAACAAUCUUCCAUGCCGCCACUUUCUGUUGAGGAAGAUACUAACUCUGAAAAAUUUACAUCAUCAGUAUUAAAGAGCUCUUCCUCACCAGAAAUUAUCAGAAUGGAACAACUUCCAACAAUAGAUCCUUCAACUUUGUUAAUGAAAGCAGCUAUUAGUGGAGAAGAAACAACACAGCAGCUCACAGAGUCUACCACCGCAGAGGUCAAAACCAACGACACAGUGGAAGACAUUCAUCACAAUGAAAGACAUACACAUCACUCCAAUGAAGAACCUGCUUCUGAGCCUGCUUCUUGUCACACCAUUGAAAACGAAAAGCCUGAUUCAAAUAUUUCUGGAGAAAUACAUUUAGCAAAAAAUCAGCAGGAACAGACACUCAACACGAUCGUAACAUCUAAUGGACCAGAAGAAGAGCCGAAAGACUUGUAUCUCAGUGCAACGACACUCACAGUUGGAACCUGGCACCGACUAAAAAGCGUAUUACAAAAUUUAGAUUCUGCAUCCACUACAUCCAUUAUUCCUACUGCUGACCUUGUUUGUGUCUAUUGUCCGGAUAAAAAAUUGUUUGCUUGGCAUGUAAUCGAUAGUGGUUGUCACUUCAAAAUGGAAAUCUCCCAAGAAGCUAUUUCGAGCAUUGAGUUUAUUGCUCUUAGCCAUCAGCAACAACAGUCUCCAUCUAUUGCCCAAAUUCAUUUCGAUAUAAGCGAACCUCCUUUAUUUUACAUGGAGUCAAGUAUUCAACAACAGCAACAACAACAGCAACCGAAAAGGCUAGAUUUGAGCCAACAAAGAAAGGCUAAAAAGAAAAAGAUGAACACAACUGGUGCCGAUGAACAAUCAGAAGCAGCUUCUUCUGAUGAACCAACAGCAACAUCAACAACUAUCACCACACCUGUUUGGGUACAAUGUUCCGACUUCACUGAAGGUAAACAAGCUUCUCGUUAUUUCAGGCACACUAUUCAGGGUGAUGCUUAUUGUUUAAAACGGGAGAUCAUGGCGCUAAUAAAUAAUCAUGAAGAGACAAGACGAUUUGUUCACUUCACUGACCCAAUUGCGUCCAGCUCUUCAAUACCAUCUAUUCACGCUGUUCCUCUGAAUUACAUGUAUUCACAACAGCAGCAACAGCAGCAGCCGUUAAUAGUUGAUGCUCAUCAACGAAGUGAGUUUUAUCUCUCAAAUACGCCUUUUUACAAUGAUAGCAUGCUAUUACCUAGUAAUAAUAGUACCAUCUCUGAUUUUCCAAGUGGUAUUGUUGAUCUGACAACGAACACAAGCAAUCCUAGUCUUUCCAACAAUAAUAGCGAUGCUACGUUGACAUAUUGGACUGACGCUAACAUAAACAGUACCUGUGAUCUCUUCAUGGACUAA